GAGUCAGGGGCCCUGGGUCUGGGUCCAGGAUUUGCCAUCCGUGUGACCUUGGAUAAGGCACCUCUGAGUUUCAGUUUCUUUACCUGUGAAAUGGGGAUAAUAACACUCAUGCUACCUACCUCACAGGAUGGUUGGAUGGAAAUCAGUUCCAAGUUCAAGAUGCUAUAGAAACGUAAAUUAUUUUUAUUCUUAUUUAAACGUGGCAGCAGUGGUGGCUUUGCCCUAGGGCACUACUGCUCAGCCACAUGGGAUCAUAUCUUAGGGAAGCUGGAGGCUCUUUACAUCCCUCAGUGAACUUGAAGCUAGAGGAUGAGGGGGAUGGAGCUAGAGCUGGGAAGGACCUUGGGUCGUGGACCAUCACAGGUGGGAGGAACCUUAUGUCAUAGCAUGUUCAAGCUGGGAGGAGCCUUAAAACAGAGAGGCCUUAGAACUCCUGGCAUUUAAAACCCUUCCAAACCUGGCUCCAACUCCCUUUUCCUCAUGGUCCAGCCAAACUUGUGAGAAGCUUCCUCACAAAUGAAGCUCCAUCUCCCCUCUCUGGGCCUUUGAAUUAGACAGUCUUCCAUGCCUGGAAUGCCCUCCCUCCUCGCUGCAACCUCAUAGGAUCCCUAAGAUUUCCUUCAAAUCUCAGCUCAAAUGCCACCUCCUACAGACGACCUCUUACUCCUCUCUGCCAGCGGCUAAUGCCUCCCUAUGCCCCAAUUACCUUGGUUAUUUUGUAUGCAUUUCAUAGGUUCCAUAGAUUUCAAGCUGGAAGGAAUGGUCCAAAUCUCAUUUUAUAGAUUAGGAAACUGAGGCCAGGGAAAUGAAAUGAUCUGUCCAAGAGCAGCCAGAUAGAAAACCUCAGUGGUAGACUUUGAAUCCAGUUUCUCUGACUUCAGAGCCAACAUUCUUUUCCUUUUUUUUUUUUUUUUUUUUUUUGGUAUUGGUCAAGGAAGUUCCUCACCAGGACCUUCUUAACACCUUCAUGUGUCUGGUCAACACAUAUUUUGUACAUAUUUACUUUGUAUUUAUUUAUAUGUAUAUAUGUUGUACAUGUUGUCUUCUAUAGAAUGUGAGCUCCUUGAGGGCAAGGACUGUUUCCUUUUUGUCUGCAUCUAGUAGGCACUCAAUAAACACUGGUUGAUUGAUUGAACACAGAAUGAAAGAGCUGGAAAGGUCCUUGGUAUGUAGAAUGUCCUAGCUGGAGGGGACCUUGGAACAUGGAGUGUCAGAGAAGGAACUUUUGAACAAAUAAUGAAGUCAAAGUUGAAAGGGGUCUCCUUAGAUCAUCAGCUCCAACUCCAUUUUACAGAUGAGGAAACCUGUAAAUUGAGUCCCACAAAGGACAAUCACAAAGUCACAUGGAGAUAUGGCAGAAGUGAAGCUAAACUAGAGCCCUUCUGUUAAUCUCAUUCUUUGAAAUACAGCGGGCCAGCUCUAUGUCUGUCUGUCCAUCUGUGUACGUGUCUCUGCGUUUCCAUGUCCAUGUGUAUAUAUUUGUGUGUAUAUGAGAUUGAAGAAGCACAUGGGACUGGUGUUCUGAGACUGGGAAUCAUUAUCACUGAAUUCAUUUGAAGAGAAGGCUGGGCAACCAAGUCAUUCCUAUGGGACAAUCAGAGAGAGGAAACAGAACUGUAACAGAGAGCACAGAGACUUUCCCCCCGUCGAGGGUCUCAUUUUCCCAUUUUGUAAAAUCGCAUCUUCUCCUUCACCCUUUUCUUCUCAUAGUGUAUGAUGAUCAUAUAAUCACAACAUGUCUUAAGAGUUUAGCUGGGUCUCCAGAGGAUAUUGAAUCAAACAUCCUCAUGUUACAAAUGAGGAAACUGGGGGCAGAGAAGGAAAGUGACAGUCACAGAUCUCAGAUGUCCUGCUCCCAGGGCCAGAGCUCUUUACACUGAACCUCACUGUCUCUGUCUCACUGCUCAGACAAUGAAGGAGGGAAGCAGGUAAGAAUAUGGAUAAAGAGAUGACUGACAAGAAGGAAUCUGUAGGGGCUUCAGGCCCAGCAAGGGGAGGUCCAUCUAUCUCUUCAGCUAAGAGAGAGCAGGAAGCAGCAAUUUCUCUGCCACCAACAGUUCUGACCCCCAUGACAAUGAUGAAACCCCAUGGGACAGACUCCAAAGUAAAGAACAAGAAAGAACCCUGCACCCUCAGCCUUGACCCACUUCUACUUCCCGUUACUUUGCAAGGCAUUUGCUUCACCAGGUUUCCAUUGCCCCAUCUGCCAGUUAAGAUGGAUUGGGCAAGGUGAGUCCUCCCCAGAGACCCAGAGAUGAAUAUUCUGGGUCCUCCCAGAACUGACAUUCUCUGCCCAAAAGCUUUCUCCUCACACACAUCCCUAGCUCUGACAUUCUCCCUUCUCAGGAUGUUCUCUGUUCCAAGCACCAGCCUGUUCUUCUACUCCCAGCUCUAUGUUCCAUGCCCUGAUGGUCUGUGUUCUAAGGUCCCCAUCAGCUGAACUUUUAUGUUCAGUGGACCUUUCCAGGAUUCAUAGAACGUUAUUCCUCUCCUCCACCACCACCUUCCUUCUUCCUUUCUUUUCCCAAGAGCCUGAAAUUUGGAUUUAUAACCUUGAAGAGGUUGUAAGGAAAGGACAUGUGACCUUAAAACUAGGGAUAACAUUUAAGAGAAAUCUGGAUGAGUAGCCCCAAUCGUGACACCUAUUCUGGGAAGUCUCCUCCCCUCCCUCUUCCCCUUAACUGGACAGUGAUUUUGCAAGCAAUUGCAGAGGCCCUGAACUAGACCAUGUCAGUGUGGGUAGAGAUUUUACAGGAGUGUUCUUCCCUGUUUCCUGCCCCACCUACCUUUGUAUAAAAUCUCUACCCCAGGAAGGCUCCAGAAGGAAGAGCCAGUGAGCAGUAGCUGAACAGACACUAUGUCCUCCUAUAACACAGAGUCUGGCCAAAGGUAAGAACUUGGGGCACAUACAAGAAUAAACACAUCCGGCACACUAACAAACCUAUUAGUGAUACACAAAUACAGGAGCAGAUAGAUAUACACAAAUAGAAAGUUAGAAACACAAAUGCAAAAACAGAUAGGGCAAUACACAUCUUAGCACAGAGACAAAUAGCAAUAGAAAUACAGCUUUACAUUUGCAUAAAUGUAGAGACAAUUAGUGCAUAUGCAUGUGUAUGCAAGAGAAACCAGGACUGUAACAGAAGCAGGGGAUUCAAUUAAUGACAGAAGUGGGAGGGGAACUUUAAUCAGAAAAGCUGGGAAUGGGACUAGAUCAAGAGAAGGGGAAGAAGGGUGUUUCUGGGUCCUAUCUAGCUUCUUAUGGAGAUGGGAAGGGACAAGGCCAUCAACCAGGAUACCCUAAUGCUCCCCUCUAAGCCUCAGUUUUUUAAAUUGUGGUUUGUAGCCCAUAUGGGGUGUUGUAACUGAAUGUGGGUGUCAUGAAAUCAUAAUUUAUUAUCAGUAAAUUUUUGAUUUUGUAUGCCUGUUUUAUAUGCCUAUAUAUUUGGGGUCAUGUAAAAAUUUCUCAAGUGAAAAGGGAUCCCAAGUGGAAAAAGUUUAAGAAGAUCUGUCAUAGAACAUAUGGUUUAGAUGGUGACUAAUUAAUUGAUUGUAAGUAAGUCAUUUCCUUUCUCUGGUCCUAGUUUCCUCUCCUGUAGAAUGAAAGGAUUGUCUCAGUCUCUUUCAGCUCUGAGAUUAUGAAUUCUAAGAGCUCUGAACAAUUGGGAAGGAGGCUAGCUGGGAGGGAUUCCUGGAGAAAGUAGUGCAUCAAGUAGACUAUGGCUGGGAAGAAAGGGAAAGACUGAGGGGGAGGGACAUUCUGGUUGAAGAGAACUGGAUUGUGAGCAAAGACACUAGGAUAAUGGUAAGAAAGAUGACAGCCGCCUCCAAAUUAUGCUGGGAGGUGGGAAGUAGAAACACCACUUGGACUCAAAGACAAUGUAUAACACUGAACCUUAGAAGGGACUUUUAAAAGAAGGAGUUUCUCAUAGAAGAGCUCUCUCUUGAAUAGAAUCAUUGUUCAAAUUCAAGAUAUUCAUAGAAUGUCAGGCUUUACAAAAUACCAUGUCACAGUUGGAAUUUUAAAACACAGAAUGUGAGAUGUCAGAAGCAGUAUUAUGUAUUGGAAUGGUCUCUUGAUUUAGAAUCAGAGGGCCUUCAUUCUAGUGCCCACCUCUGCCACAUUAACUGACUUUUGGUCUUAAGCAAGUCAGUCCCCUUCCUGGAUCCUGUUUCCUCAUACAGAGAGGGAGGAAGUUGCUCCAGGCACUUUCUGCAGUCUCUCCUAAUCCUAAAUCCUGUGAUCCUUUGGAAGGAAUUUUUGAACAAACAAUAUAAGAUGAAGCUGGAAAGGUAGUGUUUCCACGUUGGAGGGUGUGUGGGAUCUUGAAUGUCAGAUUUUUGAAGAGGGUGACACAGCAAGAUCUUUCAGAAGGAAGUAUUUGGGGAAGGUGUAAAGGGCUGAGUGGAAGGGAAGACACUGGAGAUGGGAAAAGCUACUAGAAAGUUACUGCUAAAAUUCUUUGAAUUGUAAGGAAGCUCAGGUGAUCAUCUGGUUUACCCUUUUGCCUUAUGUUUACCCUGAGAGAAUUUCAGGGAUUUGGGACAAGAUUGCGUAGCAUCCAAGCAGUGAUUCAUCUUUUUGUGUCCACAGCCCGGCUGCCUGUGGUCUGAGUAGCUCUCUAGCCAUGCAGCUGCUGCUGUUUCUUCUGCUGUUCUCUUCUCCUGGCCAAGCACUUCUUCAGUGUCCCAAGGUCUGCAACUGUACUUUGCAAAUCAAUGGCACAUCAGCCACCUGUGGCCCUCUGGACAGCUUCCCCACGGGUCUUCCUGUGGAUACUACUUUUGUCUCUGUAGAAAAUACCAACCUCUCACAGCUCUCAAGUGAUGCCCUCAGGGGCCUCGCCAAUCUCCAGGAAUUGCACCUUGCAGGCAACAGGAUUGAUAAUUUAAACUCUGGGCUUCUGAAACCCACACCCAGGCUUGAGGUGCUGGACCUGACAUAUAACACCUUGUCUGAGCUACCCAGUGGACUCUUCAGAAAUUCGACAGUCCUCCACUCCUUGGUGCUGAAAGGAAACAGACUAGAGACUCUCAAAGUGGACUGGCUGGAAGGGCUGGUGGCCUUGAAGUGGUUGGAUGUGUCUGAAAACCAGAUCCAAAGACUGCCCCCAGAUCUGCUCCUCAACUUUACAGCCCUGCAGGUCCUGGAUCUAUCUGAUAACAUGUUGCUGGAGCUGCCCCCCAAUCUCCUGAAGGGCCUCCCCAACCUCGAAAGGCUUCAUCUGCAGGGCAACCAGCUCCAGACUCUGCCCGAGGGCACCUUUUCUGCUACACCAUACCUGCAUUCCCUUUUCCUCCAGGGAAACCGAUUAAACAAGCUGUCUUCCGGCAUUUUCAGCUCCUUGGGCGAGCUGGAUAUGCUUGAUCUCUCCAACAAUUCGCUGGCACAGGUCCCCAGUGGGCUGUUGGAUAAGGUGGGCCAGUUGAAGGAUGGAUUUGAUCUCUCAGAAAAUCCUUGGAAAUGUGAUGAGGGGUUAUGUGGUCUCUAUCACUGGCUUUUGAAUAAGCAGGACAGAAUGUUCUUCAAGCAUAACACCCUCUGUAGUAGCCCCGAAAACCAAGCAGGCCAGAAGCUCCUGGAAGUGGCUAAGAAAAAAGUCUGUCCCGAAUAACAGGUCCUGGAGGACACAACACAGGGCUCAACCUUCUCAGCUUUGCUCUAUGCACAUCUCCCUACACACUCAGCAGUCUGAACUCACAGUGCAGCACCAACCAAGCAAAGUUUUUCCGAAUAUUCUCCCCUUGCCCACAGCCCCUGGGCCCUUGAGCCUGACGGACUCAGCAUCCCCAUAGCCCAGUUUCCCCCUUCCCCAAAGCUUCCUCCUCUAUCCUAAAUAAAUAUUCCCUCAGUAUUGAUGGAGCAUCUCUAGCUUGGCACUCCAAAGCCCUAUCACAGUCAGCAGGAUUGCUCUCCCCUUCCAUUCUAAUAGGACAGAUAAGUUGUCAUAGGAAAUAAGUCAAAUAAGAAUCCAAAUGGAGAUAGAGGAAGAUUAUUGAGGGAUGGUUUGUACUCAUUUGGUCAUUUGUGUUUUUAAGGAGAUGAUAUCUCCAUGGAAACAUUUGGCCCAAAUGUACUCAACUGUUUUUAGGUACUAGGAGUCACAUGGUCAAUUUUCAGAGUCAGGUUUUUAUGCAAUUAGAUUGCGAACUCCUUGAGGACAAGGUCUUGCCACAUUUUGUGUCCCCAGCACUUAGCUUGGUGCCUGGUACAUAAUAGAUGCUUAAUAAGUGAUUAUCAACUUUUUAACAGAGUUGUUCCAAAGCAGAAUGAGCCAUCUUGCAUGUUAGGGUGUUCUAUCAUAAGAGAUCUAACAGAAACUGAAUGAUCACUUGCCUAAUUAAUCUCCUGUCUUCUAGUUCCUCCCCUCUCCAAGUUAUCUGCUGUACAGACACAUGCUAAAAUAAUCUUACUAAUAUUCACUUCUGACACUAUCACUCUCCAGCUCAAAAGUGUUAUUUACACACUAAUAUACAAUAUCUGGGAGCCUGGCAUUUAAAGACUUCCAUCCCAGUCACCUUUCCAGGUUGAUUUAAAUACCUUAAAGCAUUUUAAAUUCCAGCCAAACUAGCAGAUUAGCUUUCCUGCAAAUUUUUAUUUCCAUCUUCCAUUGGUGUCUUCAUAAAGAUCUCUGAUCUAGCAUGUACUUCCUCCUCUCCUCCAAUUUUUGAACUCUUUAAGUUUCCUGCUGGACCUAAUUGAGAUGCUGCCUCCCCUUAAAUGUUUUUUUUCCUAUCAGCUCAACUGUCUUGUAUUUUCUUAUUUGCCAUACUUCUUCCCCCUCCUCACCCCAGAAUGCAAGCUUCUUGAGGGCAAGAACAAUUUUCUUUUUUUUUUUCCUCUUAGUAGUGUCAGUACCUAAUGCAUAAUAGGAUCUUAAUAAAUGUUUGUUGAAUAAUUGAA